CUGAUCACCAGAUGAAAAAAGAAAUUCCUAUACAAUAGCAAUACAAUAUUGACAUCUUGUUUUUUUCAGCUGCUUUAUACUGUUUGUCCUGUACUAAUGAUAUUCCUCCGAGAUAUUGUUCUACAGUCAGAAAAUGUAAUGACGGAGAGGUUUGCUUUACGAAAAGUCAUACGUCAGGAAAUGGAACAGUUUUGUUUGACACCGGCUGUAAAUCUUCCCAGGCUUGUGGAUUAGGUCAUAACAAUAAUCACGUAGUUGAUCCACUGCACCACCAUACCCUGUGUAUGGAAUGUUGUUCUUCUCCUCUGUGCAACAACAAAGGAUGUUCUCAAUCAGGAUAUCCGUCAAAUCGAGGACCUAUUUGUUUUGACUGUCAAAACAUAUCAGAUCCAACUCUUUGUGACAAACUGAAAGUAUGCGAAGUUAAUCAGGCAUGCUAUCUGCAGAAAGAGGUUGAGUCUGGAAACUUGCAUUACACAUACAGUUGCAUCAAUAAACAGGCUUGUACCUCAAGCGUAGACAUUUUUGGAAAAAGAAAUAUAGAUGGGUGUUCAAAAUGCUGUCUAACGGACCUAUGUAACAUUCAAUGUGAUGGUAUACCCUCCUCCUUGACAACGCUAAAGACAACGACAUCCAAUCCUACUCAAUUGCAAACAUAUACAGGAAACAUAGGUAGAGAAUUCCUUAUUCUGUUCAUGCGAAAUCGCGCUGGGUCCACUGGGAACCUUUCGAUUUAUAUUACAACUGAAAAUGAAACAGAGGUCACAAUAACAAGUUCUCCAAACCUGGAUACGAACCUUAAAUCAUCAGUUGACAAAACAUUUAAUAUAACGUCAGAGUCUCUAAUCACUCUACCUUUGGAUUUGCAAUGUGAAUACAUGAAGAUUGAACCAAAAGGAAUAUUUGUACGUACAACAGAGGUGUCCAAUGUUACUAUUUUUGACAGUCUAAAUGAUGGAACGAGCGACGGAACGCUGAUAAUACCAACAAAUAAGCUUUCAACUAAAUACCUUGUUUCUUCAACCGAGCCAUUUGAUACCUCAAUGGAUUUAAGUCAGUUUGCUUUGUUACCUCUGCAUGAUCGAACCAAGAUAACGAUAACUUUGAAAAUGAAAAAGACCUCGUCAAUAACUCUCUUGGGAAAUACAUACGGAGACGGAGACACCGUUUUGCUCAAUUUAGAUAGAUUAGAGACUUUCCAAAUAGGUCACACCACAGAUCUUUCUGGCACGUUCAUCUCCGCCACAAAACCAAUAGCUGUCUUUUCCGGAAAUCGAUGUCACAGAUGGAGCGACUUAUCAAAUGACUGCAGUCACAUGUUAACAGAGUUGCCGCCUGCUAAUGAAUUAGAUAAUGAUUAUGUCAUCCCUUCAUUGCAUCACAAUAAAGAAACAUUGUUACAGGUUAUCAGUGAAAACCAAACUUUUAUUAACUGUAGUAUUGGACUACAUUCUGCAUUAAGGUGGCAUUCAAAUGCAUCCGAAUUUAAAGAUAUAUCCUAUAAUGAAUUAACACUUUUAGUUUCAGAAAAACCUAUUUUAGUUGUUGGAUUUGGAAUGGGAUUCAAUUCAAAUAACUCUCAUAUGACAGUCAUACCCGGAGUUAAUCAAUAUGUUAAUUAUUACAAGAUCACUGUGCCUGACGGAUAUACAGAAAACUUCAUGACCGUGAUUAUUCCCAUAGAUUCUGAAUACAACCUACGUAUUAACGGCGGAGAUGCCUUUAAGCAUAAACUAGUGAAAAUAGAACACGGAGGUGUAGGAAAAAUUUUCUACCAAAUUUUCACAUUUCAAGUUGAAAUGGGUACAUAUGUUAUAACCACAACGGAUCAUUCAACAUUUGGGUUAAUUGUUUAUGGACAUCGCACUCAUGACGGGUACGCAUUUGCUGGCAACGUUGUUCUUCCUUAA